GAGAAUCCCGAGGUAAAGGAAGUCUAUGACAAAUGCAAACAAAUGGGCAAGAGUGCACAGAGAAGCAACAAGCCUGAUAGUUGAGGAAAUGCAAGCAAUGAAGAAAGACUGAAGAAAUCAGGCGUGCUUAUUUAGGACAGAGAUGUGUGAAGUGUUGAGUGUUUCAAAUAUACAUUUUUACUAUUACCUGAGAACAGUUUUCCAAAUGUCAAUGUUUUAUGAGAGUACACACUCUGUAAACCAACAUAUACCAUAUAGAAAGUUUAAUAUAAAGAAUUUAAUGAAUGUCCAAGGAAGGACAAGGGAAAAUCAAGGUAAUUCACUGGACAAAAAAUUUAAGGAAUGUUUGAAAGAACUUUCUUACUCAUCAGGUAAUGAAUCACUAGAACAGACUACUUUAAAGAACUACCUAUUCACCUUCACUAGAAGUCGUGAUGAAUUCGAGUAAUCACGGUUAGGGAUGUUUAAAAGGUUUUUUUCACCUCAUUUUUUUUCACCUUUGGCUUCAGUGUAAGUGGUUUGACUAGGGAUCUGCUGAAGCUUCCUCCAGUCCUACUCAAAAGAAGAGGAAGGAAGAAAUCUAGCCAGAGGGGCUCCAUUACUUUUUAACACUUCUUGAACUAUAUUUUUAAGCUUAGCCUGCUCCUUCCUGGAAUUCUUUCUCUCCUUGUUGGUGAUGAUCAUGUCAUUUCUAUUAAGUAAGUACUCAUUUUUAUUAUAGAAAAUAGCAAUAAAUCAUGAAGACAGAACUUUGGAACUUCCUUUUUCAUAGAAAAGGAAGCUGUUUCUGUCCAGAGCCUACAUAAGCAUGUAGUGAGAGGAAAGAAUGGAAACAUAGAUUUGCUCUCUACCUUUCUCUCUCUCUGCUCUUGCAGCAGUGACAUCCAAAAUGUCUCAUCAGAGUUCCCCCUAUUUCAGAUUCUUUCCCACUUUUUUUUGUUAUCUAGGACUCUAAUGUGUUUGCAUGGUCCAGCUAUAACGGGUGGGGGAAGGAGGAUGUUCCAGUUGCUAAAAACAUCACCUUACAAAAAAACAGCAUGGCUCUAAAACCUCUGUGAAUACCUGCUAUCGCCAUUCUUGUCCCAUACCAUGCUUAGAAAGUUCUGAAAAUGGGUGAUAAAUUCCUGCAAUUAUUAGCAUCUCAUUUUUAAGUGAUAAAUUGCGUGAAUUCUCAGAUUCUUCACCUAGUCUUAGUCUUUUACCAAGACUGGAACAUACAAUCUCAUUUAAAACUUUUAUGCUGAAGUUACAAAUAUUUUCUUGUUUUGACUCUACCAAGGUCAAGUUCACAUCUCUCUGACAUUAACAAAAUUAGUAUGAACUUACAAACAUAGUUAUAUGAUUCUUAAGUUUUUUGAGAUGUCAUUUUUCUACUGCUCACUCUCUGACAUUUGAACAAACAACAAUACCCACAGGUCGCUUAUUUUACUAGAUGAUGGUGCUUUGCCUGCUCUAGUAAAUGUUUUCCUUUAUAAGGUGACAAUGUUUUCGCUAACUGUGAAUAACACCUUCUUGCUAAUUGUGAAUAACAUAAGUCUACUAUUGCCACUAAAUAUUUGUGGAUAUUGCUUUUGUUCAUAAGUGUAUAAAGUCUCAUCAUUAUUUUUUUGAGAAAAGACUUAAGUGAAUCUCAAAAUGUCUCUACAAAACAAUUUAAUAUGUCGAGUGGCAACCCUUGGAUUUUUGCACAUUGUCUUUUUUUGUUUUAAUCCAGCAACUGUGUUUAUGCUUAGCAGCAGGUCACCUCCCUGAAUGAGCUAAACACUUAUUUUCUAUUAGUACUGGAAGCCAACUUUUAACCUUUAAGUGAAAUACAUCGUAUCUGCAAGGAUGCGAGGUUGCUUAUUAAAAUUAGACUGGCACCAACAACCAGAGAAAAGUUUAUAAACAACAUCAAAAGAAGAAAAAUAUUAAUGGGGAAUGCACUAUAGGUAAUUAUAUUUAAAGAAUGGCAUAAGGUCUACCACCACAAUUCUGUAAUCACAAAGAAGGUAGACAAGAAAACUCACCUUGAAUGCACCAUGCAGUAUCUACAUAGACAAGUAAAAGGAACUCCUAAGGGAAACCUAAAUACACUCUUUCUACCUCAGCCGCAAAAUGUUAAUACAAAUUUAUGAGUACGCACAAGCCCAAAUUAAACAAAUAAUUAUGUGUGUGCUUAUGUUAUAUUCCCUUGGGUGGUCCAGUUUCCUUCUGUGAAACUAUUCAUGCUAACUGAGUUAAGCAGUUUAACUCAUUUAACAUGAGUUAAACAGGAAGAAAGUCUGAGGCCUCACAAAUAAAUCCUCUUAUGUAAUAUCUGAUAAAAUUGUUUUUACAUCAGUAUCAAGAUUAGAAACACUGAAUGCAUGUUACUGGGCCAAAUCUGAGUUCAGUGUCCUGUUUCAGCCACUGGCCAGUGCUACUUGAGAUAAAUUUAUAUUAUUUACAUAAAUUACAUUGUAAUGGGAGAUACGGGAUGAUUUUUUGCUCGCUCUAGUCUUGUAUCUCAUUAAAUUGAUUAAUCAUUAAGUCCAAAGCCUUUCAAUUUUUUUCUUUAAAAAAAAAAAAAGAAACUUCCUGUUAAUAAACUCACAUUUGCCACCUUCUCAUCUCUAAGAGGAUGAUCUUUUGCUUCUCCAGUUAUGACUGACCAUCAUCGAGUUUCAAAACUUACUUUAUCUGUUCCAGUUGCCUGGAAUCACUUAUCAUGGCAUAUUAAUUUGUCAACUUUCUCAGUUAUUUUCAUUCUUCCCAAUCUGUAUUCAUACAGCCCUUCUUCCCAAUCUUUAUUCACACAAGUAUUCUUCUAUUUUCCAUUAUUUUCCGUUGUUCUUUCUAAAUUUGCACCAUUCUUUCUAAAGCAGUGUUCAGUACCACACACAAUUUCAAAAUAAGCAGCAGAAUUUACAUCAUGGUGUUAUCACUUUUAUGUUAGUUGGUGGUUCAUUGAAUUUGUCUGUGCUGCACAUUGAGUUGUCUAGUUGUCAGGUCCCUUUUCUGUGCAAGGAUCAUUGAACUAAUCCACGCCAUCUUGAUAGUUUACUGGGUUUCUAUUGCAUUUACUUCCGUGUCAACAUCAGAUUUCAUAUGAAACAUGCCGCCUCUGAUGCUUCUCUCAGACUAUCUUAUUGUGAUUGAGACCACCAGAAGGUUCAGCAGCUCAAGUUUUCAUACCUGUUCAAGUGUAACUGAAGUUAGAAUGUGUGGAAAGAUAGCAUAAGCUUAACUCAAACCUCUAAGCUGUAUCUCUUUCUAAGAGCAAUGUCGAAACAAGUUUGUGUUCUGGUGUUGCCUUGGGCUGAUUUUCAUAGCACGGUGUAAAUGCUGUCUCCCCAUCCUUUUAUGCGGCAACAGGUGACAACACUGCCUGUCCUCUGUGAGUUUUAAGUGUGGCUUUUUUAAGUACCAAGUACACUUACCACUGCGAGGAAACCGGCCAUCUACUUAGCUGUACUUCCCUCACCUCCCUCAUCUGUACCCACAACCUUCCGCACCCCACGCAGCCACAACGACUUCGUUGUUGACACUGUUGUGGUUUUUCAGCCUCCUGAGCGCGAUGCACCGCGGUAGGGGCGCUUGAAUCGUACUUUGUAAAGACCCAGAGAGGGAAAGUACCGCCGGAGGUGGGGGGGGUGGGGGUACGAUGUGUCUAGCGAGAGGCGACAGUGGCCGCCCCGCACCCCGCCCGCCCCUCAGCCCUCAGGGCGCCCACCCGCCGCCUCCCCGUUGCCCACCCAUCCCCCUGCGCGCAUGCGCCAUCUCUGCGGGCAUUACCGGCGGGGGACAGCGUUGCGCAUGCGCGUCGGGCGGGCGGACGGCGGCCGUCCUGCCGGCGCCAUUAGGACGGCGCCGGCGCUGGCGCUCGGAGGUGGUGUUCGCGCAUGCGCAGCGGGUGAGGUGAGGCGAGGGGCCGGGGCCGGGGGACUGGUGUCGCCGGGGUAGGCCUCCAGGGACCCGCUGCGGGCUCCGGCAGCCCGGGGAAGGCCUCCAGGCACCGGCUGGGCCUGCAGCCGCCCGCCGUGGGCCUGCAGCCGCCCGGCAGCCCGCAGGUCCCGGCGUCAUCCCGUCUUGGUCCGCCACCGCCGCCGCUGCAGGGAAGCCUCGUGUGCCGUUGGCGCCGUCAGGAUGAAGCUGGUGAGGAAGGACCUGGAGAAGGACAACGCGGGGCAGGUGACGCUGAUCCCCGAGGAGCCCGAGGACAUGUGGCACACCUACAACCUGCUGCAGGUGGGUGACAGCCUGCGGGCCUCCACCAUCCGCAAGGUGCAGACCGAGUCGGCCACGGGCAGCGUGGGCAGCAACCGGAUCCGCACCACCCUCACCCUCUGCGUGGAGGCCAUCGACUUCGACUCGCAGGCCUGCCAGCUGCGGGUCAAGGGCACCAACAUCCAGGAGAACGAGUAUGUCAAGAUGGGGGCCUACCACACCAUCGAGCUGGAGCCCAACCGGCAGUUCACGCUGGCAAAGAAGCAGUGGGACAGUGUGGUGCUGGAGCGCAUUGAGCAGGCCUGCGACCCGGCCUGGAGCGCGGACGUGGCAGCCGUCGUCAUGCAGGAGGGACUGGCACACGUCUGCCUGGUCACCCCCAGUAUGACCCUCACCCGCGCAAAGGUGGAGGUCAACAUCCCCCGCAAGCGGAAAGGGAACUGCAGUCAGCAUGACCGGGCCCUGGAGAGGUUUUACGAACAGGUGGUGCAGGCCAUCCAGCGGCACAUCAACUUCGAGGUGGUGAAGUGUGUACUGGUGGCCAGCCCAGGCUUUGUGCGGGAGCAGUUUUGUGACUAUAUGUUCCAGCAGGCGGUCAAGACUGACAACAAGCUUCUGCUGGAGAACAGGUCCAAGUUCCUACAGGUGCACUCAUCGUCAGGACAUAAGUACGCACUGAAGGAGGCCCUUUGUGACCCAGCUGUAACUAGUCGUCUCUCUGACACUAAGGCAGCAGGUGAAGUCAAAGCCUUAGAUGACUUCUAUAAAAUGCUGCAGCAUGAGCCUGACCGGGCUUUUUACGGUUUAAAACAUGUAGAGAAGGCCAAUGAAGCCAUGGCCAUUGAUACCUUGUUGAUCAGUGAUGAGCUUUUUCGGCACCAGGAUGUGGCUACACGUGCCCGGUAUGUUAAAUUGGUAGAUAGUGUACGGGACAACAUGGGCACGGUGCGCAUUUUCUCCAGCCUUCAUGUGUCCGGCGAGCAGCUUGGCCAGCUGACAGGGGUGGCAGCCAUCCUGCGAUUCCCUGUUGCUGAGCUCUCUGACCACGAAGAUGAAUCUAGCUCUGAAGAGGAUUGAUAACAGUGAUUUCAUUCCACAGUUUAUUUCUAGGUCAUCUUGAAAUGACAUUAAAUGCUCUCCCAUCUGAAAUCAUGCGUGCAAAUAUACCAUGACAUUUAAUUUAAAUUUUUAAUACUAUUUCUUAUAAUUGAUAGCUCUGCUCACCACACUAAUGGAUAACUGCUUUAUGGUAAUGGUUAUGGGUAUGCUGUGGGUUGGAGCUGUUUUGCAAGUUAAGCUGUGGGCUUCCAGCAGUAUAAGAAACUGUGUUCCAAAAGCUGCUCAUUCUGCAUGUUAAGGCAGACUGGAAGCUUAAUGUUUUGGAAUGUGUAUGAAAAGAUAAUAAACUAAGAGGGAGAAAAUUAUGUCAGACUCUAUUUCUGUUCAAAUGCUUGAAAGCAGUAUUAUGAAUACAAACUUCUUAAUGCACAAGUUAGCAAAACUAUAAUUGGUCUUCUUAGGAGCUCACUUGCCACAUUUUAGUGUCAACCCCACUACUCUAUACCCUUCUUCAUAUCUGUUAGAUGUUUCUUAAAGUGUAUGAAUCCAACUGGUUAAUAUUUCGGUGAAAAAUCUGAACCAGUCUUCUACAAACCAGACGAUUCAAACUAAUGAUUUCCUCCUUAAUGUGAUAGUAGAUGCAUAGCAUAUUGUGGAGCUCAGUGUGUCCAUUUCAGUCAUCUCUUUGAAUGCUCUUGGGAAAUUGUUCUGAGGGCUGACAAGGUAUUGGUAUGCGAUCAAUGAUUAUGUUCAUGGCACAUGAAUUGGCAUGGAGGUUAAGUAGCCGGUUCUGUGAAGCCAUAUGAAUGUACAACUAAGAGUCACAAAAUUAGGUCCCUAGCUUCCAUUAGGAAUCUUUUGACAACAACUACUAUAAAUAACUUCAUAAUACGUUAUUUGUCUACCUGUUGCCUAUUUCAAAACAUAAUAUAAAAUAAAGAUUACAAAUUUACAAAUAGAACUUGGCUUAAGACAAUGAUAACUCUAAAAAAUCAAAAUUACUUUUCAGAUUAUUUAUUUGAUCUUUUGAAAGUGCUGAGAGCCACAGUAAGUUUUAUUUCUUCCCGGGACAAAAAGUCUUAUGCUGAGGAAGAACAAACUCCUUUUAGACUCUGACAUGGAUGAAUAUGCGGGAAUGAACUUAGGGAAUUGUUUGUUCAAUCUUAGCUAAUGUGUGAUGAUGCAGGUUGUGGGUGUGAAUAAUCGUUUCUUGUUAAAAUGUGGCAGAGGAGAAUGGAACAGGAGAGAACAGCAAAAAACAUUUAGGAAAAACACUGAAGUUCUGUGGGUUGAUGUUUUGAUUUUUACACUGCAGUAACAAUUGGAGAGUAAAACUUAAAACAGUUUUGCGUCAAAUAAUUUUACCUAAAAAAUUGAAUGGUGCUCUCUUUAAUGCUGAUGUGUGCCAGCUCUGUGAAUUUGAUAUUAUCUAUUGCUAAGUUGUAUCAACUGAAACAUCAGCCUAAACUCAUUGAUCGGGAAGUCAUUUUGAGUUAAAAGCUCUCUCCUGUCUUCCCUGCAGAAGAACAGGUAUUCUAAAGAAUGCAUGAACAGCACACACAUUAAAGCUGUAUUUGAAUAAUACUGUGAUUUUUCUCUUGAAGACAAGCCCAUUAUGAGAGUUGUUUACAGUCAGUUUGUACAGAUCGGCAAUGUUAUUUGAGCUUUAUGGUUUUGUCUUGAAUGAUGUUGAGUGCCACACAUCCUCAAAUGGUCAUGUAGGCUCUUCCAUUAGGUAGGACUUGCUAAGUAAAAAACUUUUUUUCUUUUAAAAAUCUACCUAUUUUGAUUUUAUACACUACCAGCUUUAAAGCACCCUGAUUCUUGCAACACACAAAAUUAAAUGUAAAGAAUACAUGUAGUAUAUAGAAGAACAUAGUCUUCAGUAAAUAUUAUUUAUAUUGUUUAUUUCUAAAUAAAGUCAAUAACUUCUCUUUUUAAGAUAAUCUCUUAUAUUACUUCCCUGCUUAUGUUACUGCCAAUUUGUUGCAAUUGUACACUAAUGCUACUUACCGUCUCAUUAGUACUACACCAGGAAAUUCUAAGUUUGAUUUUCAAUGAACUUUAAAAGACAAACCACACUGUUCUGAGACUGUGAAGUGGUUUGCUACGUUUUAGACCAAAUUGAAUCCAGUUAAUUCUAUUUAAAAAGAAAUUGCGAAGGGUUUUUGCUGUGUGCCGUAAAAAGGUUACAAUGACAAUUACUUUAUUUGUGCCUGCGCUAUGGUAGUGUAUCAAUGAUAAAAGGGGCAACCAUUUUGCUACUUGUUUUUUGUUACCAGCAAGCAUCUGGUAAGAAACUAUAUUCACAGUGAUUCUUUGAAUUACUUACAGUUAGAAUUCUACACAGACUUUACAAAUUAUGAAUGUUUUUCUUUUUUUAGCUACUGCUGUCAUUGCAUUAAGCCCCUGAGAAAAAUAUACAGCUAGUUGCCCCAAGUGUGGAAGGGUGGGAUUUUUUAUUUUUUUUGGUAAGCAUUUUAUAGUAAAAUAAAUAUACAUUCAUUCUGUAGACAAAUGCAUCCUGUUUCAGGAAACAGCUUAAGGGCUUAGUUUUGAAAGCAGGCUAUAUUCAGUAGUGCAGAUGCUUGACCUGGCAAAGUUCCAGGAAUGUCAGUGUCUUUUAAAAUUAAAAGAAUUGUGAGUAGCUGAAAAAUUGGUAUCAGCAAAAUAUAUUUGUUUGACAAACACCUUAAGUUUUAUGUAUAGAUAACACAUACAUGAAAGAUGCAUAUUACCUGCAGUUCAGAUGAGUAAGUGUUAAAGCUAUGGGAAAAUUAUUUUCAUGUAUUUCCUUUUGAACUAGAAAUAAAAAAUGAAAUAUGAAAUAAAACCAGUCAACAAUAUGUACAUUUUUCUCUUAUACCAUAAAGGAUUUAGUAAUUUCAAACACUAUCUGUUUUAUUUUGAUAAUAUUCUGACAUAAUUUUGUGAAUUAGUAGCAUGGUUUAUCUUCCAGUUUUUCUGUUUUCAAAAUAAAUGAUUAUCGGUGCAGGACUUCAAAAUAGUUACUGUGUUUGGUGGGAAGAAAGCUUUAAAAAGUAUCAUGAAAUUGGCUUGAGCCUGUUCCCUGGAGUAGCUUAGAAGAUCCAAACAAUUUCAUUGAUUUAGGUCACAAAGCAUCUGUUGCAAACUCAUACUUCGGAGUAAACCCUAGUUUGUUAGUUAUGUCCACUUUGGCAUUAACGUCCAGUUAUGUCAGGCUUGGGGGGAGGUAGGAGGUUAUAGGAUAAAGUUUGCUACAAAACAGAGCUUGCUACCAUAAAGAGACCAAAAUAAUCCCACUUGUUAAAAAGCAAAAUAAUAAAAGACAAAUCUUCACUGAAAUUAUACACCAUUUAGAAGUAUUUGACACAGGGAAGUCUUUAUUUCAUUUCUUCUUUCUGUUUUCACCAUUGUACAUACUGUGUUUGAGCUAAAUAUUGGUAGUAAAUGUGACCGGUAUAACAACAGUCCUGUAGCUGAAUUUGAGAUGCAACUUGUGUGAUGUUUUUAAAGGUAAAGAUGUUGUGGGAUGUCUUAAGUAAUUUUCACAAUUUGCUACUGUUUUUAUGAAGGCUGAGUAGCUGUAAACAUAAAAUCUUUCUUAGUUUAACUUCUCAGCCACUGACAUUGGUUUGUCUUUUUUCUGUAAAAGUAUAUUGUAGCUGCUUUCUCUGACUUAUUUAGUGUUUGAGCUUCUCUGAUUUCUUUCUGAAAGCUGGAUCAUCCAUCCAGAAGAUGUCAGUUUUGUAAAGGCAAGGCGGAAAUAAAAGAUGGAAUCGUGUGUA